AUGGGGCCUAUGCUUGCUGCACAGCGCCCCAGUGCUCCAAGCACGCAGCUAGAGGAAAUAUAUCUUCAGCCCGGUCCACGCAACCGCCUUGUUCUCUCGCUGUGCUCGGACAUUCCAUCCCAAGUGAACUGGGCAUUUGCGCGGCUGGCAGCAUACUCGCAGCAGUUGGGCGAUCGGUUUCUGCUGGCAGACUACCCCGGACUGGAUGAAGUGCUCAUGUCCUACGUGCAGCGGCUGUGUGCCGCACUGCGCGGCGAGCCACGCUCCGAGUGGGACGCGAGCAACGACCAGGACGAGCAUGUAGACGGGCGCGUGGUGGACCAAGGAAUAGGUGCGCCGGGCGAGAAUGGAGGCAUGGGUCUCGGCAUGGCGUGUGUCCAUCUUGCCGUGCCAAAGCGGCGGCAAGUUGCAUUGCCGCUGCCUGCGCACUUUAGCCCAAGCAGCGUGCCGAGGGACGCACAAACUCUCCGGCAUGCGCUCGCAGCCGUGCUCGUGUUGCGCAACGUAACUUUGACGAUGCAAAACGCUGCAAGGCUGACCGCAUUCCCGGGCGUGUUGCAAAUCGUUGCGGAAGCGCUCCAGCACAGCAUGACGACGCAAUCGCUGGUGGAUUGGAAUACGUGUGCCGACUUUCGCGUGAAUCUGCUCGAGAUUCUAGAGUCCCUUGCAUCCAGGAUCCAGCUCAGCGAGUGGGUCCAAAGCGCAUACACGGGAGCGGGCGAGCCUGAGGAGCGAGCGGUGCGCACCGAGGACCGUGUUUUUGCCCUGCUCCACACGCUCCUCCAUACGACAAAAGACCGCGCACUGCUCUUGGGAAGUUUGCGGUGCAUGCGUGCAAUUGUAUCGAACCCAGCCAACGAACAUGUGCUUAGCGAAACGACGUGGUCGCACACGCCCCUGCGCCUGCAUAUUAUUCCGCGCUGCCUUGCGCUCCUUCCGCUCACGCAGGACCCAGAGCUGCUGGAAUCUGGGCUUGAUUUGCUGUACCAGAUGAUCGUCACGGGCGAAAAUGCAAUCUUGAUCGGCGCACUGACUGUGGCGCAAGUGUCUGCGGCUGUGGAUGCAAGUAGCUUGUGGCAGGACGACGCGGACACGCGGCCUUUGGUCGACUCUGUCGUCGGCUACCUUGUGCGCAACUUGUCGCUCGGCAAGACGGUUUGGGAGCGCGACUCGGUCAUCACAGCCAACACCUCUGCGCCGUGGAGCGCAGAGGUGCCUAGCGCCGCGCGCCAGCGCCGCCUUCGCGAGCGUGCGCUGCGCGAGAAGCGCGAGCGACUGACGGUAGAGGAGCGCAACCAGUGGAAGACGCUCCGCCCUGAAGAAAAAGAGCAGCUGCAGCAAAUGCAUGAGCCAGAGCGCGGCAUUGCGUGGAUGAAGAUGCUGUUUGAGCAGGACUCGCUAGGCGAAGUCACCCAAAUGGAGUUUUGGAUUACGUACCGCGACCAGUUUACGCCCAUGGCAGCACAUGGCGCAGCGCCGCUACAACCCGCUGCAAACUUGAUCCGAAACGUUUCCCAAACGUUUCCCGGGGCGGCUGCUAUGGUCAUUUCUCCCGGUAUCGGCCAGCAGCCGCGCUUCAUCAUCCGGGGUAUUUCGCUGCGCGAUCGGUCCCAGGCCUCCUUUGCGUGUUCAUGGGAGGACUGCCCAGCGCCGCAAGCGCCUUGUGCAGAGGCAAUCAAGGACCACUUGGAUGUGCACGCCAGUGCGGCUAAAGACGGGCAGUGUCGCUGGCACAACUGCAAUGCAAACACGCAGGAUUCGCCAGACGCAAACUCGCUCCUGCGCCAGCAUGUGCGCACGCAUAUGCCGCAGCCGGUAGACGAUGUACAGCUCGCCGUACCGGGACCGCCAGCGCAAGGAACCAUGGAUCAUCCGGGGACGAUUACAUUUGAAGUCGAGCGCACGCCGUCUGUGCCGAGCGCCGCGCCGCAGGAAGGGCCGCUGCCUUGCGGCGUCGCUUUCCUGUCUGCAUUGGUGCUUCGCUUUGUGACGCGCGCCGCGCGCAAUGUUUUGAAACGCAGCGGCGCAGGAUGUCCGACACACACGUACGGCGGCGCGCAGUCGAGUUCCAAGGCGCCGUUGGAGGGCGGUGACAUGUUUGGAUGCCCCAUUCCCCCGACUAUGCAAGACGCAAAUGGAGGGCUGGACGGCGUGCAAAAGGCGCCGGCGGUCAGUGCAGCACAAAUCGCCGCAGCGCGCGAUCUAAUGAAUGCGCUCGCAAGCCGCGAAGAUGCCAUGGUGAAGGUGGCGCUGCAGAAUGAUAUCCUGUGUCGCAUCAUUAGCGAUACGCUCGUCUUGAUCCGUACACCGAGCGCGGAGCACACUAUGUAG